AUGGUGUUCGGCUGUGAGGAGCGCGCGCCCGGCGGCGGCGGCCGGCGCGUCUAUCUCGUCUGCCACCCCAACGUCUUCUGGCGGUGUGAUGUGCAGAAGCAGCCCGAGCACCGCUGCACGUACGAGGUGAUCCGGCAGGGCGUACCUUGUAAGCUCUAUCUGGACCUGGAGUUCGACAGGACACUGAACGCCGACCGGGAUGGCGAUGCCAUGGUGGACCUGUUCAUCAGGAUGAUCGCGGCAGCAGUGGACCAUCUGUUCCAGAUCAAGUGCACGAGACGCGACGUGGUCGACCUGUGCGCCUCGUCGAAUAAGAAGUUCAGCAGGCAUCUCAUAUUUAAUAGUAAGGGUUUAGUGUUUAAAGAUAAUAACCAUGUUGGAAAUCUAGUCAAGGACAUCUGUGGCGCGGUGAAGGCCUGUCUGUUGCAUAACAGAAUGGAAGACUUAACGCGUUUGGGAUUGCAGGAAUUUAGUAAAGAUGAACUGAACACUCUUAGGGUGACAUCCAGCUCUGAGCACAGUCUUUUCUGUGACGAAUGUGUGUACACAAAAAACAGGAACUUCCGGGUGUACAAGUCAUCAAAAUUCGGCAAAAGGCGGCCGCUUGUAAAAUCCGUGCACAACCAAUACACCCCACAUCAGUGCAGCAAAGCCUCUCGCGACCCUCGGGACAUCUCCUCGGAAGAGGCGUUCUUUCUCGACUCGCUGGUGUCCUACAUCGAAUGCGACCCCGAGCCGCUGGUCCACCACGGGCGGAGCGACGCCGCCGCCCCGACGCGGCCCCUCACCGCCGUCCCACCCGGCGACUGUGUGGACGGCGGCGGCGGCUCGUGCUCGCCCUACCUGGAGAUCGACCGGUUCGUGCGCGACCUCGUUGCGCCGGGCGGCGUGCGGCGCUGGACCUACUUCGCCGACUCGGAGCGCGUCGUGUACGACAUCGUCGGCUAUCGCUUCUGCCAGAACGUCGGCCGCUGGCACCGCAGCAACAACAUCAUCGUGGUCGUGAACGUGCGGGAGGCAAGCUUUUACCAGAAGUGCCACGACCCAGCGUGCCAAGGCUUCCGGUCGGACGAGCGGGCUCUGCCGGGCCGUCUGCUGCCCUGGCGUCGCCUGGACGAGUGGGACGGCGACGAGGCCGACUACUAG